CGCAAUCUCACGAGAUAUGGGUCACGAUCUUUUAGAUUUUUUGAAAAAAGUAAAAAAUGUGCAACCCUUAGGAAUCGACGUUUAUUGCUUCAUACUGUUAAAAUGUAAUAUAGUAUAAUAUUGUCCAAUUUUUUUUUUUAGAACGUUUAAUAAAACUAUGGAACCAAGAUUUUAAAAUAACAUCGAGCCAUUUUUCGCAGUUACCAGCAUUUAAAAAAAAAUCAUCAAAUUUCGAAAAAGAUCGUAUCUUGUUAAAUACAUUGAAAGAAAAAUUUGAAAAAAAUCAGAUCAAUUAAAAAAAAUCAGAAAUAAAAAAACCGUCCACUGGCGAUGAGAUGGCAUGGCCAAUUGUCAAGCCACCCGACGACGAAAGACGAAAUAAGCAACGAGAGGUUACAGGAUUGGAGAAAUUUUUUGCCGAAAAAAACGAAUUGAUUGUAGAAAAAUGGCUUUUUUGAAAAAUGCCGCAAUAAAAAAAUUGUCAAUGGGCCAGUUUUUUGCUAUUAAUCAAAUAAUUCAUAGAAAAAUAAAAACCUCUUGUUCUUGUAGAUCAGUUAUAAAUAUGGCGUUUGCUUCUUAUGAAUCGACCCAUGGAUCCGAGAAAACAAACGUUACUAAACCUACACUGGCACCAGUUAUUAUCAUGCAUGGUUUAUUUGGCUCAAAAAAUAAUUGGAAUACUCUAGCUAAAGUUAUCCACCAGAGAACAAAUCGUAAGGUUUACACUCCACUGUCUCUUGUAAUAGCUGUAGAUGCAAGAAAUCACGGAGAAUCGCCACAUUCAUCACUUAUGUCAUAUCCUGAUAUGGCAGAAGAUGUGAUCAAGCUAUUGGAAAGUCUUGAGCUUGGAAAAGCAAUAUUGAUUGGUCACAGCAUGGGUGGUGGAACAAUGAUGUACACGGCUCUCAAUUAUCCAGAAAGAAUUGAAAAAUUAAUAGUAGUUGAUUUUUCCCCCUUGAUAAGGACUCGAAAUACCAAAGGCCUUUCGGAAAUGGGUCAAAUAUUUGAUGCCAUGUUGUCGGCAGAAAUAAAAAAUGGUUUGCCUUUGUCUGAAUCAAGGAAAUUGGUUGAUCGACAGCUCACAAAAAUCAUUCACUCUGAAACUCUUCGUCAGUUUUUAUUGAUGAAUCUCGUAGAGUACGAGCCAGGAAAACUGAAGUGGCGUGUAAAUCUGCCAGUUUUAGCGGAAAAAUUUUCAAAUCACAUAGCAAAAUUCCCGCUAAAAGGAUCCGAACAAUAUACAGGUCCGACUUUGUUUAUUGGUGGAGGGAGAAGUGAUUAUAUAAAAAAGGAGGAUCAUCCAUCGAUAAAAAAAUUGUUUCCACGAGCGGAAAUUCGUUAUAUCGAUGGCGCUGGUCAUUGGGUGCAAUCGGAAAAACCGGCCGAAUUUUUGGACAUGACAGUGCAUUUUAUCAAUGAAAAAUAACGAAAAUCCAUGUUACGCUAAUAGAUAAUUAGCAAAAAUUAUUAAACGAUGCGGAAACGCAUUGAUGAAUACUCAAAUGAGAAGCUACAGAAAGUUUCAGAUACUUCAUAUGUAUACUUAUAUACGAAUAUUGUUGAAGGUAUAAUACAAAUAAUUGUUGUAUAAAACGAA